AAAUCAAGCCUUAGGAAAUUGAGGCAUCAAAUUCCAUAUAUUCAAUAUUUGGUAAUGUGGCACCAAAUCGAACCACUAACAGUACCAUGAUGUUCUGUAUUUGUUUAAGGAGGGUCAUUAACUCUGUGUGUUGGAGUGGUUUAUGAAUGAUGAUGGCUUCUCAAAGUUUGAGUUUACCAACAGCACACGUUACUUGCAACCGGAUAAUUCAGAAGCUCGAUUCCAAGGUUUUGUUGUGGCCAUCACCUCUUCAUACCAAACCCACAAGAAUUUCUUCCUCGAUUCGGGCAAUGGGUUCUUCUGCCUCUUCCCAGUCACAGCACGCAGACAACAUUCAAUCUGAAGCAGGAACUGGCACUAUUGACUAUAAAUCUUUGAGUGAUGAAGAGUGGAAGAAGCGGCUCACAAAAGAGCAAUUCUAUAUUACUCGUGAGAAAGGAACUGAAAGAGCCUUCACUGGGGUACUUGUAAGGGAAACCCACUCUCAACACACACACAAAAAUCAACAGGAGUAUUGGAAUACUAAAACCCCAGGAAUUUACCACUGCAUAUGUUGUGACACGCCAUUAUUCGAAUCAUCUACUAAGUUCAAUAGUGGAACUGGGUGGCCAUCCUAUUACGAGCCUCUGGGCAACAAUGUGAAAUCAAAAUUGGAUUUGUCAAUUAUUUUCAUGCCUCGCCAGGAGGUUCUCUGUGCUGCUUGUGAUGCGCAUCUUGGACAUGUGUUUGAUGAUGGUCCUCCACCCACAAGAAAACGUUACUGUAUCAACAGUGUCGCCCUUAAGCUCAAACCAAGGCAGUAGAUAGUGAAAUAACUGUCAUUCACAAGAUGUAAGAAUUUAAGAGACUGACUGUUGAGAAAUUGUAAAUGAUCUAUAUCUUAUAUUUUGUGCUGUUUUUCUUACUUGGGAGGGCAAUGAAAAUUGUCCUCCACUGGUGAUAUAUCAAACACAAUAUUUAGAAUGUAGAAGCACGAUUACUAUAGUGAAGACUCAAAUUCUCAUACUAAUGAACCUCUUGAAGUGUCAGCAUGAACUUACUAUUGUUUUCUGACACUGUUAUAGCUUUUACUCCAGAGGA